AUGGAUAAAAGUUGGAUCGAUCUACCCACUGGUCAUCAUGAAUAUAUCGACGGUUGUAUGGAAUUUAUUGAGUUUGCCAAGCAAGAUCUAGUCGAAGGAAAAAUUAGAUGUCCAUGUAAGAACUGUAAGGUAGAGAAAUGGUUCUCCGUAAAUGAAGUGAAGAGGCAUAUUUUGUUUAAGGGAUUUUAUAAGCCAUAUAAUGAUUGGAUUUUUCAUGGUAAAGGGGAUACGUUUCAGCGUAUGUUUGAGAGUGAUGGAGGGAUUACUAGUGAAGGAUCCCUUGAUAACCAAAGUGGGUUUGUAGGUCGAGAUAAUAUGGGAGGGCUAUUAAGAUCAGCAUUUAGUGUUAAUAUGCCUCCCAAUUGCCCAAAUUUAGAAGCACGAGAGGAUGAUGAAUGGAUUGAGGAGCCCGUGGCCUAUGACACAGAUGUAGAAUAUGAUUAUUCUACAAUAGAAGAAGAUGUGACAUAUAAGAAGUUGCUUGAAGCUUCUGAGGAGAAAUUUAAGAAAAUGAUAAAAGACUUGGGCCUUGGGUAUGAAAAGAUUGAUGCUUGUCCGAAUAAUUGCAUGUUGUAUUGGGGUGAAUUUUUAAAGAAAGACAAGUGUCAUGUUUGUGGUACAUCGAGGUGGAAGAAAACUAAGGAUAGGGGCAACGUUGUAAGUGAUCAAGGUACGGAUACUUGUAAGAAAGGUGUGCCAGCUAAGGUAAUGCGAUAUUUCCCUCUUAUACCGAGACUAAAAAGAAUCUACAUGUCAUCAGAAACAGCAGAAGAUAUGAGAUGGCAUGAUACAGAGCGAUUGGGUGAAGAUGAUAAGAAGAUUUUAAGGCAUCCUUCAGAUGGCUUAGCAUGGAAGGCAUUUGAUGAGCGUCACAGUGAUUUUGCAUUAGACCCUCGUAGUGUUCGAUUAGGUCUUGCGAGUGAUGGUUUUAAUCCUUACCGUUUAAUGAACACCACUUAUAGUACGUGGCCAGUGAUGUUGAUUCCUUAUAAUCUUCCAGCAUGGUUAUGUAUGAAACCGUCUUCUUUCAUUCUGUCCACGCUUAUUCCUGGAAAAUCAGGUCCCGGAAAUGAUAUUGACGUGUAUCUGCAGCCAUUAGUGCAUGAAUUGAAAUUGCUGUGGACAGGGGUUGAAGCUUUUGAUGCUUUUGCCGGAGAGAAAUUUAAUUUGCGUGCGGCUUUGCUUUGGACUAUUAAUGACUUUCCCGGCUAUGCAAUGCUCUCUGGUUUGAGCACAAAAGGUUACAAUGCAUGUCCUAUAUGCUUAGAUUCCACGCCUUCUGAUAGAUUUGGGAGCAAGAUUUGCUAUUGUAGCUAUAGAAAAUGGUUACCUGCAGAUCACCCAUAUCGAUGUCAAGGUGACAAGUUUUGUGAUAAGUUUGGAACUAAUGAGUGGGGUAAAGCCCCAUCUCGUCCUAGCGGCACUGAUAUAUUGAGGCAGCAAGAAAAGGUGAAGCAUGUUUACGGAAAGUCGAAGGCACCACCGAAAAAGAGGCAAAGAGGACACGAUGAUGACGAUGAUGUCCAAGAUGAAAGUGACUUUGGUACCAAGAGAAGCAUAUUCUUUGAUUUGGUGUAUUGGGAGCAUAAUCUUCUAAGGCAUAAUUUAGAUGUGAUGCACAUUGAGAAAAACGUGUCUGAGAAUAUUUUGGGAACUCUUCUUAGUAUGGAUAAGAGUAGAGAUAGUAGGAAUGAUCGAGAAGCCCUUGAAGCAUGGAGAAUAAAGUCUCACCUUUGGCUGAGUACUAAUCCUAACGGAGGUGAAUGCAUGCCUCCGGCUUCCUAUUCUAUGUCUACGGAGGAGAAGGAGAGGUUCCUAAAUGUUUUGCAGAAAAUUAAAGUUCCUGAUGGAUAUGGAUCCAACCUUUCUAGUUGUGUGAAUAUGAAGCAAAGGAAGUUGAUUAACCUCAAAAGUCAUGACAACCAUGUUCUAAUGCAGGAUAUCCUUCCCGUUGCCUUAAGGGCCUCUAAAGCUACAAAAGUAAUUGACUUGUUGGCUAGAUUGUCUUCCUUUUUCAAGAAGUUGUGCUCUACAACUAUUGAUCCAGAUGAUUUAGAUGUGGAGGAGGUUAAACUUGAUGGACCAGUGCAAUACAGAUGGAUGUAUCCCAUUGAAAGGUACUUGUCCCAUUUGAAAUCACAUGUAACCAAUAAAGCCCAACCUGAAGGAUCUAUUGCAGAAGGCUUCCUUUUAGAGGAGACAAUUAGGUUUUGUUCGAGAUAUCUUCAAGGUGUUAAGACCAUUUUCAACAUACCUAAAAGGAUGGAUGAUGACAUUCCAAAUCCCAAUGAUUACUUGUUUAAUUCUGGUGGUCGAGUUAUUGGGAAGGAGGUCAGCAUUCGCCUUGAUGACAAAAGCUUAAAACAAGCUCAUCGCUACAUUUUGCUUCACUCUAAUGAGAUAAAAGGGGAUCUGGAUGAAUUUUUAACCGAGAAACGUCAAAUGAACUUACAAAAUCCUGUCACGGAGAGUGAUGAAAGUAACUGGAUCAUCAAUGAAUUUGGAGGGUGGCUGCAAAAUAAGGUACAUUACAUAGAUGCAACCACCGAAGAUGGGAAACUAAGAAAAGCUUUGGCGGGUGGUUUGCAUUCUUAUGGUAGAAAAUUAAAAGGAUACAUAAUCAAUGGAUACAAAUUCCUUUCCACGAAUCGCGAUUCUCGUCUUUUGACACAAAAUUCUGGAAUUAUGGUCGAAGCGGAUGGAGAUGCCUACUAUGAAAAAGUGAAAGAUAUCUAUGAAUUAGAUUAUUACGGAGAUUACAAAGUUGUAUUGUUUCGUUGUGAUUGGGUAGACAUUCAUAGGGGUGUAAAAGCAUAUCCAAAUGGCGGAGUAUGUGUCAAUUUCUCUCAAUUGAUGCAUUCUGGACGAUUGUUGCAAGAUGAUCCAUUUGUAUUCUCAUCUCAAGCAAAACAAGUUUUUUACAUAGAAGAUGAGAUACAAAAGGGAUGGUUGCAUGUUGUUAAGAACAAGCCUAGAGAUGUGUUUGAUUUAGGGGAUUCUUUACCAGUAGAGGAAGAGGGUGGGACCAAUUGA